CAGCGCCGCCCCCUCCUCCCAGCCGCCUUCGUGAUCAUCUACCCGGACCUCAUCAGCCAUGGUGAGAUGUUCUCCGACAUCUACAAGAUCCGGGAGAUGGCAGACAGGCUGUGCCUGGAGGUAGAGGGGAAGAUGGUCAGUAGGACGGAGGGUAACAUUGAUGACUCGCUUCUUGGUGGAAAUGCCUCCUCUGAAGGCCCUGAGAGCGAAGGGACCGAAAGCACAGUAAUCACUGGUGUUGACAUUGUCAUGAACCAUCACUUGCAGGAAACCAGCUUCACAAAAGAAGCCUACACGAAGCACAUCAAAGAUUACAUGAAAUCAAUCAAAGGGAAGCUCGAAGAACAGAGACCAGAAAGAGUAAAGUCUUUUAUGACAGGGGCUGCAGAACAAAUCAAGCACAUCCUUGCCAAUUUCAAAAACUACCAGUUCUUUAUUGGUGAACACGUGAAUCCAGACGGCACGGUUGCUCUGCUGGACGACCCUGAGGAUGGUGUGACCCCAUAUGUGAUUUUCUUUAAGGAUGGCUUAGAAGUGGAAAAAAUGUUAACAAAUUGAGCAGUGUGGCUCUAUCACCUGUCACUGGCUGCUGCUUUUCAUCCACAGCAAGCCUAGGACCGAUGGGACUGAUGUCAUCUUGAGCUCUUCGUUUAUUUUGAGCUUGAUUCAUUUGGAGCGGAGGCAUUGUUUUUAAGAAAGAAACAUGUCAUGUAGGUUGUCUAAAAAUAAAAUGCAUUUAAAUUCA